UCCUGCUUUAACAUUUCGCGCGAACCACGAGACUUAACCGGAACAGAUUGGUAGUAAAAAGCUGUGAAUGGAAGUGAACAAAAAGCACACCACGGGCAAGGAACGACAUGACCACGAUCCUGAGACGUAAAAAUCGCCAGCAAGAGGAUCGUCACCAUGAAGAGCUAGAAGAGCUGUUCACUGCUAAUGAGUCGCGAAAGUUCUGCGAUAAGGUUGAACAAUCCUGUAAAGGCCGCGAGCCGACUUUUGCAAUGAUAUGGAAGGUAACCUCAUCACGAACGACAGCGAGGUGGUCGACAGGUGGAAGCAGCACUUCGAUGAACAUCUAAAUGGCGAUGCAACGAACAGACGCGGAAGUGGAACGGACCUGAGAGUGCCAGCAGUAGAUGACCGGGUAUUAGCCCCCGACCUCCACGAAAUUCAGCGGGAGAUUGGGAGGCUGAAGAACAACAAAGCCACCGGCAAAGACGGCCUGCCGGGCGAGCUCUACAAACAUGGUAAAGUAACGCUUGCUAGAGCACUACACUGGGUCAUUUCCAAGAUCUGGGAAGAGGAAAAACUACCGGAAGAGUGGAUGGAGAGAGUCGUCUGCCCCAUCUAUAAGAAGGGCGACAAGCUGGAGUGCUGCAAUUAUCGUGGCAUUACGCUUGUCAACGCUGCAUAUAAAAUACUCUCCCAAGUUCUAUUCCAACGUCUAACACCUUUAACAAGGAGGUUCGUGGGGCAGUACCAGGUGGGUUUCAUGGGAGCCCGCGCAACCACGGACCAAUUUUUUUCAAUCCGACAGGUUUUGCAAAAAUGCCGUGAGUACAACGUGUCCACGCAUCACAUUUUUAUCGACUUCAAGGCAGCCUAUGGUACAGUUGGUCGAGAACAAAUAUGGCAGAUCAUGCACGAGGACGAGGAUAUCUUUCCGGAUAAACUGACGCGGCUGAUCAAGGCUACCAUGAACCGUGUGAUGUAUUACGUGCGUGUCUCGAGGAUGCUAUCGAGUCCCUUCGAGUCAUGCCGAGGAUUGAGACAAGGUGAUGGACUCUUUUGUUUGCUUUUUAACAUCGCCCUCGAAGGUGUUAUACGAAGAGCGUGCAUCGACACGAGUGGUACGAUUUACACGAAACUGGUUCAGCUUAAAGGCUUCGCUGAUGACUUCGACAUCAUAGCACGAAACUUUGCGACGGUGGAGGAAACCUACACCAGACUAAAAGCGGAAGCUAAGCGUAUUGGACUGCUGAUCAAUGCGUCGAAAAGUAUAUGAAGGGAAGAGGCUCAAAGGAGAACAAUGUCAGCCUCCCAUCCCGGAUCACCGUAGACGGCGAUGAGCUUGAGGGUGUAGACGAAUUCGUGUACUUAGGAUCAGGACCCUUUUCAGUAACCCCUCCAGCACCAGAAACAGAGGAGCACAGCGUACAGGAUGGCUUGAUCAGAUUGAAAGUGACCUACGAGUGAUAAGAAGCAUGGCGCCAUACAGCCUAGAACCGAGUGGAAUGGAGACGAUUUCUUGAUACAGCACGAGCCACCCCGGCUCUAGCCUGCUAGGUUCGGUUCGUUCAUUGCGCUUGUUGUCAUUGCGAUUAGAAUGGAUUGAAUAAUUCACAAGAGACAUUUCAAACGUCAGAAAACCAAACCUUAAAAAUUUGUUCUUAAAAUUAUUCAGAAGCAAUAGUUACCACAAUAGAUUAGAUUAUUAUUAUUAUUUUUUUUUUUUCAAAAGAAAUGCAUU